CCGCAGAGGAAGUCGUCGCGAUGUCCGAGACCGCUCCCACUGCCGCCCCCGAUGCGCCCGCGCCCGGCGCCAAGGCGGCCGCCAAGAAGCCGAAGAAGGCGGCGAGCGGCUCCAAAGCCCGCAAGCCCGCGGGGCCCAGCGUCACCGAGCUGAUCACCAAGGCCGUGUCCGCCUCCAAGGAGCGCAAGGGGCUCUCCCUCGCCGCGCUCAAGAAGGCGCUGGCCGCCGGCGGCUACGACGUGGAGAAGAACAACAGCCGCAUCAAGCUGGGGCUCAAGAGCCUCGUCAGCAAGGGCACCCUGGUGCAGACCAAGGGCACCGGCGCCUCCGGCUCCUUCCGUCUCAACAAGAAACCCGGGGAAGUGAAAGAAAAAGCCCCCAAGAAAAGGGCGCCUGCAGCUAAGCCCAAGAAGCCGGCAGCGAAGAAGCCCGCCAGCGCUGCCAAGAAGCCCAAGAAAGCUGCGGCGGUGAAAAAGAGCCCCAAGAAGGCGAAAAAGCCGGCGGCUGCAGCGGCCAAAAAAGCGGCCAAGAGCCCCAAGAAAGCCGCAAAGGCAGGCCGCCCCAAGAAGGCAGCGAAGAGCCCGGCUAAGGCAAAGGCGGUGAAGCCCAAAGCAGCCAAGCCUAAGGCAGCCAAACCCAAAGCGGCUAAGGCGAAGAAGGCGGCGCCCAAGAAGAAGUAAAUUGUACCAGAAGAGUUUUGUUCUACAUAUUCUGUUAUCCAACGGCUCUUUUAAGAGCCACCCACGCUUUCCCUAAAGGAGCUGAUGCACCGAAGUCGUCCGUAACCUGCAGCAAGGGUCCAGCAAUUCAAAGCUUUAAGUAUUGAAAAAGCCCGCCCUGCCCAAGGAUUGGCCAGCGGAAAUCCCGGCCCUCUGCCCUCCCCCCUCCCUUCCCCGAAGACGAUUACGCCUCCCGUCUCUGGAACUGUAUCAGCCGCUCGGAGAAGAAAUAGGCGGAAAAGGGAGGUGGGACUCUCAACGAAUAG